AUGCUCGCUAGACGAAAUCGUGCUCUUAUAAAGCCAAAUAUCGCAAAAGCAUCAAAACUCGGAAAAACUCCCAGCGAGAAAACCACUCCUGCCUCCAAGAAUAACUCAGAACCUGUAGAUGCUACCACAGCUGUCGAAUCCGUCGAGUGUUCAGAUCAUCCUCCAGUUCUCGAAACAACCUCAAAUGCUAUUGUAAACGAAAUAGCUCCGAAGACUAUUGCAAGCAUAGAGGAGAACUCUCCAUCCAUCAUCAUCGAUGAACCGUCAGGAUCUGUUAAUGGUGACUCGGUAUGUGAAGAACACUACGACCCACUUGCUCCUGAAAGAAGAAUUGCUCAACCGAGAAAAAAGUUCAGCGGUGAUGAAGAAUUGGAUCCGAAGAAAAUGCGAAUGAUGGAUAUGAUAUAUUGGAACCCGAAAAAUCAGAAAAGUAUGACAAAACGUCACAUUGAGACUGAAUCCGUGGUUUCGGAGGGAAGACAGCCGACGAUCGAGAAACUAGCUAGCACUAGCACAAAUAAAUCCGCUGCUCCUCAGGUGAAACUUGGACCAGAUGGACGCCUCGUCAUUGACGAGAGUAGUUUAGUAAUAACUGAAACGGUUAAUGAUGAAUCAGUCUGGGAAACCAUAGACGAGGACCGAGUAACUCGAAAGAUUACCUCACUUUCAUUUCGAAAUCGCCUAUGGCGCAAGGGCACGUCUUGGACAGAAAAGGAAACUGAGUUGUUUUACGAAAUUCUUCGAUGUACGGGACCGGACUUCGGUUUGAUGCACGAAUUCUUCCCAACACGGGCACGUAACGAAUUGAAAACUAAGUUCAAUAGGGAGGAAAGAAGCAAUUGGGCCAAACUAAAGGAGGUAUGA